AUGGAAAUACGCGGGAUGCAGCGUGUGUCUUCUGCGGGGUACAGACUGCAGCCGAGAACCCCUGCACCGCGCCCCAGAAGCAGCCAGACCCACGGGGGCUGGAGUGCACCCACCCCGGGGGACCAUGGAGCGUCUCCGGACCAAGACCCCGUGAGACAGGACCUGGUGUGGAGAGAGAUGGUGUGGAAGGAACGCAGAGGAGCCAAGGAAUGGGAGAAAAACUGGGACUUUCUAAAGAAGUUUGAUGACCUGGGAAAGCCAAAGCAAGAGCCCCCUUUGCCUAGCAACGUCUCAGUCUUCUCUGAGCUUAUUCCAAAUACCAACAACCAAAUGAUCGGCAGCAGACUGACCUCUCCGAUGGGGCAGGAGUUGCUGCGUAUGAACCGGCUGUUGGUUCUGUCCUGCAGUCACCAGAGACGCAAGCUGGACCCAGAGAUGCUCCCAGCCUAA